ACCCCAGAAAGCUGUUACUGUAGAUUAGUUUUUAAACCAAAUGGAUGAAAAGAAAAAUAUAGUGAAAGAAGACAAAGAGCUGAUGAGCAGGAAGGUCACGGAGGAGGAGGGUGGAGGUCACUCUGAUGUGGUCAAAGCAUCUGAUGACAGCAGCAGGACGGAGAACAGAGAGUCCAGGUUCAGUCCUGCUGCUGGGAAGGAGGAGGCCGGGCCAGAGCAGCUCCUCCAGGAGCUGGAGAAGGAGAAACAGGACCUCUCCCAGAGGAGCAGACAGCUGCAGGGGAAGCUGGCCGGACACUGCACCGCCGGACGAGCAAACAUCCAGCUGAGGAGGACCGUGGACCUGGAUGAGGACCAGUACGAGUAUGAGGUCUGCGUCCGGACCCUGACCGACCUGAAGCAGCAGAUCAGGGCCUACACAGAGUCCGCCCAGGCGCAGGCGGAGGAGCUGCACUCACAGCUUCAGGAGAAGCUGGAGAAGGUGGAAACUGAGCAGCAGGAGUUGGACGCUCUGAGGCGCUCGGCGGUGGCGGUGCUGAGCCCCCAUCUGGGAGCAGAAGCAGCUCAGGACAGGGUGGAGGCUGGCCUGAGAGCAGACAAACUGGGACAGGACAGCCUGACCAAAGUGCGUCUGGAGCACUUUAAGCUGGUGUUGAGGAUCUGCAGGCUGGAGGCGGAGCUCACCGAGGAGGAGGAGGUCGACAUGGAGGUCCAGAAGCAGCUGAAGGCUGAGCGGCGGCGGCAGAAGGAACUCUCUGAAAGACAAGUGGAAGAGUUGAUCUGCCUGAUAAAGAAGCAUGAAAGAGUCUCCAAGGUUCUGCCAAAGCUGAAGGAGAAGCUCCGUCAGACUCAGCUGGAGGUCCAGAACAAGCGGCAGCAGGUGGUGGAGGUGGAGGCCGCCGUGGCCGAGAAGAAGGACCUCCUGAUCCGAACCAAACAGGCGCGUGACAGCCUGCAGAGAGACAACCUGAGGAGGGAGGAGAGCAGAGGAAUUCUGGGAAAUAGAGUCCUGCUGCAGGACUUUGAGGACACACUGGAAGCUGUAGAGCAGCUGGAGAAACAACUGGAGACUCUGAAGUUGCAGCGAGCUGAGAUCAUCUCCUGCUGUGACAACAUGAGAAACCUGAUUGAAUAAAUUAGUAGCAGAA